UUUUAUUUAACGACGAACUCAACAGAAAGAAAGAAAGAAAGAAAUGUUUUAUUUAACGACAACGGUUUUAUGACUCUAUAUUUAGAGAGAACGUUACAGCUGUGUGUCCGUGUACUUCGCAUGUCGUCUCCUGGAGAACUUUGUUCUUAAUUGUUUGUAGCCGUGGAUCGCCAACAUGCAGGGAGAAACACGACUUGCCUACACAUCGAAUACGUUGUGGGAUAUCGACUGUUAGAUAACAUUGUGCUGUGCAGGUUGCUCAAUGUUAGGAGCUUUUUAUCACGCGCUGGGCACAUUUUAUCUUAAACGGAAAACAUUCCGAUAAUGCAUUCACCAAACGAUAAAAUAUACAUGACGUUUACAGAGAAUUCUGAAGCAAGAUCUUACUGUGUGUUUGUUUAUAAUACAUGUACAAUUAAUUGAAAUUAUAAGUGUUACUUGUAAUAUAAAGACCACAUCUUGUGAAAUAUUUAUAAUCAUAUUUGAAUGGAACGAAAGAAGAAAGUUGGUCAUUAUAUGUUGGGACCUACAAUAGGAGAAGGAAAAUACUCUACAGUUCGACAAGGGACCCACACUCUUUCUGGAGAAAAGGUGGCGGUAAAAAUUGUCGACAAAAAGGCUCUGGUUCAGAAAGAAGCUGCCAGACGUAACUUUCGAAGGGAAGCGAUCUUACUUCAAAAGUUAGACCACCCGAAUAUCGUCUGCCUAUACGAAGCCUUGGAAACGUUCAACAGUUACUACCUGGUCGUAGAGCUGGGAGAUGGAGGUUCGCUGAAGCAGUUCGUGGCCAGCAGAAAUCUUUUAAACGAAGACGAAGCUCAAAAUUACUUCCAACAAAUGGCUUCUGCGCUGCACCAUCUGCACAUGUUGAAUAUAGUACACAGAGACCUGACUCUGGAGAACUUUCUACUGAAGAAAAACAUGGAUCUGUUAUUAACAGGUUUUGGCCAUGGCGGUAUCUGUGAGAAGGGCAGUAGUUUGGAUACACGGUGUAAAACAACCAUCUACUCGGCGCCAGAGAUUCUGUAUGGUCGGGUGUACGGUGCUGCUGUCGACGUCUGGAGCCUUGGCAUUUGCCUGCAUGUGAUGCUGACUGGAAGAUUUCCAUUUCCAUCUGGAAGUGUACAGGACAUCUUUAAACUACACUCAACAGUGCUGAAGGGUUGCAGAGCACCGAAGUAUCUGUCGAAAGCCUGCCAAGAUCUUCUGUCUCGAUUACUGGAACCAACUGAAAAUAAGAGAAUCAGUAUUAUUGAAAUUAUUUGUCAUAAAUGGGUUACUCGGACGUCUGCCGACUCAGUAGUGAGACCACUGUCUAAACGUGGUAAACCUGCCCUGAACGAAGACGUGCUGAACGUUAUGGUGGCAGUAUUGAGCUUCAGCGAAACCGACAUCAUCAGGUCAAUGGGUGAAAAUAAAAUCAAUUCCGCCACAGCUACCUACAAACUUCUCAGCAAACGGAAUCUGCCGCUAGACCAGUUUCUUGAACAUGUGCCAGGGGAUAACAAAAGUGAAUGCUGCCAGUCUAAAUGCUACUCAGAAUGUGAGACAAAAGACUCGAACAAUGUGGACAUUGUUUCCAAGAUGCCGAAUAUAAGCAUUUCGAAAGGGAAGUUACCAAACGUUGUCUCGGAUGUUCAGAUGUCACUGCCAUCAACACUCAGGCCUUGUGUUUUCUGUGAGCAUGAAACUCACGUGUUACCAGUCUGUGGACUGAGGAUUUUAUCAUUAAAAGACAAUCAUUUUGAAAAGAAUUUGUUUUAUGAGACCGAAAGAUACAAAUUACCAGAUAUUCUAAAACACCACCACCAACAACAACAACAACACAGACGUCAACGACAGAAGCCUCAGCAUAAGCAGCAACACAACCAUAAGCCAUUAAGUGGCCAAUGCAGUGUUGCAUAUGCAUGGAGUACUAAUUCUGAAGAUACUGAGAUCAAAUUGAAAGCACGAGCAACAGUGGCGAGUAUUUCUGAUAAAUAUAAGGUUAGAAACGAGUCUUCAACAAGUGACAUCUUUCCGACAGCUCCUCCUAAUACGUCACAGGGACUCCGGAGUCACCAAUCACAAGAUACUCAACAACAGAAUGAAAUCUGUGUUAAAUCAGACACUUCGCAUGACAUGUUGAUAGAAAACAGUUUGUACAACACAGAGAAAAAGACGGCCAGUUAUUCGAAACCUGUAUCGUUUACUAGAAGGCAGAUCGAUGAUGAUCAGACAGUUCCUAGCUCCGAACUUUUGGCGAUCAGGACCAGCAGCGGAAGGUCGAUGGCGAUUUUAAAAAAGAUGGCAAAACACAAUAAGCAGGGUACUUUGCCAGUGCCUGGUCAGUUUGUGCCUGAAUGUGCAGUCGUGAAUGAGGUCAACCGGAUUUCUUCAAGUCCCAUUCCAUGUAGAUCACAUACAUCCAUGUCAGAGGAUUCGGCUGCAAGCAAUGAAGAUAUCUUUUUGCCAGUUAUUAAAGUGACCAUCACUACAUGUAGACAUUGAUUUCAGUAAUAAACUAUUGACCAGGUAUUACAGUAACCAUCACUACAUAUAGACAUUGAUUCAAGUAAUAAACUAGUCACUAGAUAUUAAAGUGACCAUCACUACAUGUAGACACCGAUUCCAGUAAUAAAAUAGUCACUAGUUAUUAAAGUGACCAUCAUGACAUAUAGACACUAAUUCCACUGAUUCCAGUAAUACAUUAUUUACCAAAUAUUAAAGUGACCAUCACAAAAUGUAGACACUGAUUCCAGUAAUAAAUUAGUCACCAAAUAUUAAAGUGACCAUCACGACAUGUAUACACUGAUUCGAGUAAUAAAUUAGUCACCAAAUAUUAAAGUGACCAUCACAUGUAGACACUGAUUCCAGUAAUAAAUUAGUCACCAAAUAUUAAAGUGACCAUCAUGACAUGUAGACAUUGAUUCCAGUAAUAAAUUAGUCACCAAAUAUUAAAGUGACCAUCACGACAUGUAGACAUUGAUUCCAGUAAUAAACUAAUCAUCAGAUAUUAAAGUGACCAUCACGACAUGUAGACAUUGAUUCCACUGAUUCCAGUAAUAAAUUAUUUACCAAAUAUUAAAGUGACCAUCACGACAUGUAGACACUGAUUCCAGUAAUAAAUUAGUCACCAGAUAUUAAAGUGACCAUCACGACAUGUAUACACUGAUUCCAGUAAUAAACUAAUCAUCAGAUAUUAAAGAGACAUCACGACAUGUAGACAUUGAUUCCAAUAAUAAAUUAGACACCAGUUAUUAAAGUGACCAUCACGACAUGUAGACACUGAUUCCAAUAAUACAUCAGUCACCAGAUAUUAAAGUAACCAUCACGACAUGUAGACAUUGAUUCCAGUAAUAAAUUAGACACCAGUUAUUAAAGUGACCAUCACAUGUAGACAUUGAUUCCAGUAAUAAACUAGUCACCAGUUAUUAAAGUGACCAUCACAACAUAUAUGUAUAAAUAAUGAUUCCAAUCACGGACUAGACACCAGCUAUUCCAGUGAGCACCACUGAUUCCAGGACUAAUACGGUUAUUACAGUGAUCAUAACCUCACGAAAAUAAUGAUUCCAGGGACAAGAUAUCUGCUGAUUAUUACAGUGUUCAACACCACAUGCAUAAACGGAUUCAAUUGAUAAAGCUUUCUAUAUAUUAUCAUCUAUAAAAGUGACCAUAUCUACAUGCCGUCACUAAUUCCUGAAAUAUGAAAAUAUUGAAAAUAUACAUUCCAAUGACAUUGCCUAUUUUCUAAUGCAUUCACAGUUCCUCAUCUAUGUCCAGAAACGAAACGUGUUUCAUUCUAGUUCUACCCUUUUUACUGUGAUUCGAUGGUAAACAAUUGAAAUGUUUGUUCUAUAUGCUAGAUAGCGUUGUCAACAAUAAAGCUUUAACUGCCACUUA